AUGGCGUCAGAACUCAAGCGACUGCGUGGAGUGAUUCUUGGACGAUUGACACGAAUCGAGGUGUUCAUCCGAGAUAUCGACUCCAAGUCCGGCCUGACUGAGGAUCAUAUUCAAACGCGGCUGGAGAUCAUCGACCAGUGUUGGGCUGAGUACAGCACUGUACAGAACAACAUCGACGCAGGUGAAGACAUCGACGCUGAAGAGGAGGAAGAAAAGCGAGCUGCAUUUGAGGAGCGAUGCAUCAACGCAAGGGUUGCUUUGCGGUCCGCCCUUAGGAAAAUGCAAGGACAAGGUGCUAGUCGUAGCAUCGAGCAACCGUUGCUGGCUGUUCAGCUUCAAAACCAACUGCCCAUUCCUCAACAACCAGUGGCUGUGCGAUUGCCAACGUUGGAGUUGCCUACCUUCGGUGGUUAUUACAUGGACUGGCCAGGAUUUAGGGAUGCAUUUCAGGCACUCAUCGACAGAAACAUGCAGCUGUCCAACGUGCAGAAGCUGUUAUACCUGAAAUCAACCCUCAAGGGUGAGGCAGCUAGCGUGUUGGAUGCGAUGGACAUCACCGACGUCAACUACCAAGUAGCCUGGGAUCUAUUAGUGGAGAGGUUCGAAAAUCGUCGCGUGAUUAAGCAAAAGCAUUUGAAAGCGUUGUUCACCAUCAAGCAGGUACCAGAGGAUUCACCGAGGGAGCUGCGUCGUUUGUUGACAGAGUUUCAGCGAAACGUCAAUGCAUUGAAACAGCUUAAUGAGCCCACUGAUGAAUGGGGCACACUUCUAGUAUACCUCCUCACCAGUAAACUCGAUGGAAGCUCACGCCGCUAUUGGGAGACCCAGAUCCAGGAUGACGAAUCACCAACGUAUGAAGAGAUCGUCCAAUUUAUCAACAGAAGGUGCCACACAUUGGAAGCACUAGAGGUUGAAAAGGGAAGACCCUAUUCGGCAGAUUCGCGUCCAAGGAAAGUGUGCGGAGAUCACGUUGGUCAGGAUGAACCGACGGCGAUGAUGACGACCAUGACGCUGAUGGCUGGUGUGAAGUAG